AACUUCAGAUCAUUCGAAUGUUUGUAAACAUCUGUAAGCUCCUAAAGUUUUUAUCAGCGAUAAUUAAAUUUUUAAUGGUUUUAAUUAAUUAAAUAAUAGUAAUUAAAGUUAAAUAAUGUCAAUUAAAGCACUUGAUAAAAAUACUGUUAAAAAAUUAACAACAUCUCAAGUAAUAACGUCAGUUUUUGGUGUCGUCAAAGAACUCGUUGAAAAUUCUCUUGAUGCCGGUGCUAAUAAUAUUGAAGUUUCACUUAAAAAUAAAGGGCUGUCAUCAAUUGAAGUGAAGGAUAAUGGAGCCGGCAUAUCAUCAACAAGCUCAGCAUUCAUGGCACUCCAGGGUUAUACGUCUAAACUAUCAAACUUCAGUGAACUAGAAUCAUUAACGACAUACGGAUUUCGUGGUGAAGCGCUCAGUGCUAUUUGUAAAGUGUCAAAAGUUCAAGUAAUGACAAGAACAAUUGAAGAUGAUGCUGCUAGAUGUUAUACUUUGGAUCAUAAUGGAGUUGUCACUGUAGCCCAGCAUUGCCAUCGCUCCUUAGGUACGACAGUAAGAGCCGAAAAUUUAUUUUUCAAUAUUCCGGUACGGAGACAAGUCAUAACUGACCCUAAGACUGCUAACAAAGAUAUAAAAACAAUUAAAAAAUGGCUGGUGGACUACAGUAUUUGUUGCCCGGAAGUAUCGAUUACUUUUACGGUUGAUUCCAAAAAUUUUUUAAUGAAACACAAGAAGGCAGAUUACAAAGAAUGUUUGGUUGAAAUAUUUGGCAGGAAAUUUGUUUCAAAUUACGAAUUUAUGACAUACAGUGAUGAUAAAAUGAAAAUUGAGCUGACGGUACCAAAAAAAGAAUUGUUGGAGGUAUCGGAAGUCUGUAGUUCUGAUAAUUGCCAUGUGUUUAUAAACAAGCGCCCGGUUUUUUAUGAAGAGUUUGAGAAACCGGUUGUCAAAAUAAUGUCUGAUUAUUUUAAAGGCAAAUUGGCUAAGGGGAAAAUGUGUUUUUUUCUCAGCAUUUGUGUGUCACCGGCUGAAAUUGAUGUCAAUUUAGAGCCCAACAAAGUCAAAGUACUGAUGAUUAAUCAAACGGGUAUUUUAGAUAUCAUCAAAAAGCUGAUGAUUAAUUACUACGGCCUGGAAAAAGAAGAAGAAGAAAUAAAUGAUGAAGAUAAAUUUCAAAAUUCAAAUGACAUAACUUCACCCGCUUAUUUUGAUUCGACUUUCAAUGACAGCGAGACAGAGGAAGAAAUCAGUAACAAGAAACGGAAGUUGACCAAAAAAAAUUCAAAAAGUUCAUUGAAGAAAAGUAAAUUAGCUUCUGAUGAUGACAAGGAAAAUAAUUUGAGAAAUAAAGUUUUUAAAGAAGUCGAAGGGCCGGUAAUUGGUGCAGACAAAGUAAUUAAUAGAGAUAAUGAAGUUGCUAGUGAGAGAGUAAUGACUGAGAGUAAUGGAGAAACAGCAAUGGAAGAAGAUACUUUGAGUCAAGUGCCGGUUAUUGAUAUCGGUGAGGAUUUUUGUACGCAGGAAAUAGAUGACAAGCCAUCGAUAAGUCUUGAAGACAUGGAACUGUUGGAAAAAAGAAUCAAAAGUAUAUCUAGUGAUAAUUUAAAUACAUCUAAGAUACCUGAUAUAUUUAUUGUACCUGAUUCAAUUGAUAAUACUCCGGAAAUCAAUAAGAUGACACCUGAUUCAACUGAUAAUACUCCGGAAAUAAAUAGAAUUACAUCUGAUUCAAUUGAUAAUACUCCGGAGAUCAAUAGAAUUACACCUGAUUCAACUGAUGAUAUAUCAGAUAUAUUUAGUAAUAUAUCUGAUUUUAAUGAAAAUACAUCUGAUACAUCUAGUAAACCUCAAUAUACUUUAUCGCAAUGGAGUAAAGGUCAAUUACCGAUACAGGGCGGCACAAAUGUACAAAUUGGUAGACCGAGUCCUGUAAGUACGAAAAAUAAAAGCCAGAGUAGAACAGAGACAGUAGACAGCGGAUUUCAAAUUUUUUGCCGGGCAAAUACUGCACAGAUACUGCAUGAGAAUCCGGUGCUGAAUCCAGUAGAGAUGGCUGCUAAGUUGGCUGAGAAAUGGAGACUCCUGAGUCCUGGCGAACGGCAACAUUACCGCGAGCUCGGUCGCGGGCAUAAUUUCACUCUGGACACGAGCAUCGGUAACCGGAGUCAGAAAAGAAGAUCACAGGUCUCGGAGAAGGAGAAGGAAGAUAAUAAGAGCAGGCUGAUGAAGAUGUUGAAGCAGAAAUUGGGACAGAGAUCUGGAUCUGGGAAAAAAAGUGGAGAUGAGGAGAGUGAGGAAAGUGGGAGUAACAAGGAUUUGAAGUUAGCGACGGUGGUACCUUUUGAAAUAAGUAUUGAUACAGUGAGGGAUUGUAAUGGAGACGGAAAUCGAUUGGGUAUUGAGAAUAAUUAUUAUAUUAUUGGUAAACUAAAUGAUGAUAUUUAUUUGGCUAAAACAAAUACGCGGAUUUGGGGGUUUAGUUUAAAUAAAUUUUUUGAUGAUUUGAAUUUAAAUGAAAAUGAGCGCCAAGCUAGUAAGGGAAAUUUAAAAAAGAUUGAAAAAUAUUUCAAACAAUGGAUCGAAGAGAAAGAAGAUCCAAAUAUUUUAAACCAUAUUUAUGAUUUACAAAAUAUGGAUGUCUCUUAAAAAUUUUAUCACCACAUUUUAAAUAUUUAAAAAAUUUUUAAUUAUAAAAUAUAUUUUUUAAUUAAUAAUAAACCAGAAGUUUUGAAAUUUUUAAAUAAAGAGAUUUAAAUUUUCCCGCCGUUUUUU